AUGGUGGGGCGGCUCAGCCUUCGGGAGGUGCCCGACCUCCCGGACAUGAGGAAACGGGGCGAUUCCGGCCUCGACAGCCCCGACUCCGGGUUACCCCCCAGCCCCGGCCCGGCUCCGCCGCCCUGGCUGCUCUCUUCGGGCAGCCCCGACCGCUCCGCCGCCGCCAACGGGAUCCCGGAGCCCGAUCCUCCCGUUCCCUCCGCUGCGAGUUCUGUGUUCUCCCCCAGUCCCAUUCACUCCAGCUGCCCUCCGAGAUUGUGUCCUUUAUCCUUUGGUGAAGGAGUUGAGUUUGACCCUUUACCAGCAAAGGAAAUAAGGUACACGUCCUCGGUGAGGUACGACUCGGAGAAGCACUUCAUCGCCCGCGUGUACCUGCCCGUGGGGCUGAGCGUGUCGUCGUGCAGCCAGACCAUCGUCUGCGUCCCCGACUGCUCCUGGCGCAGCUACAGAUCCGAGGUGCGCUUCCAGCCCCGCCGCAAACCCCGGCGUUUCACCAGCACCACCAUCAUCUACCCCAAGCACGCCAAGACUGUCUACACCACCACGCUGGAUUACAACUGCCGCAAAUCCGCGCGCAGGUUCCUGUCCAGCGUGGAGCUGGAAAGCUCCGAGUGCCUCGGCGACGGCUGCUGACCGCUCCUCCGUCCCUGCUGCGCCGUGCCGGCUCCACCUGCUCAAAGCAGGGCCCAGACUCUUCUCUCUCGGCUCUUAGCUCCUGCUUCCCAGCUCGUCACCGCGGCCUGAGCGUGGUUGGGUUUUUAUUUUUUAUGUUUUAAUUUUUUUUUUUUUUUUUGGUGGGAAUGUGGUUUAGAGAGGGGCUCGCCGCUUCGCCUCCGUAAGUUGUGGGUUCCUUCCUCUUCCUCACAGUAAUCACAGGAGGUGCUUUCCUGGAGGUGAGGAGGGGUGUAAGCGGGGUAGUGGCUGGCAGGUGGAGAUCCAUGUGCUGUGCAGAAGGUGAGGGCAGUUCGCUCUCGUGCAGAGAAUCCACCAGGGUUGGUUACACAUAGAGCUGUCAACCAGUUCAGUUUACAUCGUGUUUUCUCCAGAAGAACCAUCCCUUGGAAAUUGCUGGGAAAGGCUAACAGAGAAAAACCCAGAAUUCUGCAUUUAACACAUACAAAAACGUUCACAUCUUGUGUGAAGGUGUAAACUGGGAGGAAGAGGAGUUCUGAGCAGAGCAGGAGAGGAACUGCUUCUGCAGCUCCAGGCAGCAGAGACAGGACUGUGUGAUUCCAGUUCUUUGGGUGAUGAGGAACCUGUGUUCUGUGUCACACACAAGUGUUUCUGUGCCUGCAGCAGGGCUUGGAACAGAGAAUACCAGGCCAGAAAUUACCCCUGUGUUGUUGGAUCUUGGUGAUAUGGAGGUGGAAAACCACGAGUGCCUUAUUUUUACCUACACUGGCUGCGUGCACUGAAGGAGCUGUAACCAAAGCAAGGUUCAGAUGAAGUGCUGGACAGAGGGACCCAGAAUGGCAGUGGAGGUGCUGGACUGGGUGUGAGACCCUGUUGUGGUGGGCUUGGGAGGAGGGAAACAGGAGCAAGGCACAGGCAGGUUUGUAGCGCAUAGCAAAAUCCACAGCUGAGCUUGUCAUGGCACAAAUCUGUGUCCUUGGGGCUGGGGAUGUCACUGGGAUGGGGCAGCCUCUGCCUGUCUGCAGGCUGCUGAGAAACCUCUCCUGAGGGCGUGGUGAGUUUGGGGACCAAAGGGAAUAGCUUCAGAUACUCUGAAAGUCUGUCUGGAUGUUACGUGCGUUCUUUCAUCGCGUGCCUUGAUGAAAAUAAGAGACAUUUCCUUCUUUUCCCAGAUUUUUUUCUUUUCUUUUCCUGUGUUGACAGAGCAUAGUGUGGAGAGCAUCUGCUUUCGGGAGCAUGGGUUGUGCUGUUCUUUUUUUUGUGUGCUGUAGUCUCUCAGAAACACCUGACAGACCUGUCUUAGCUGGGCACAGCUUUUCCAUGUAUUCCAAAACUCCUCCGAGGUGUGGGUGUGCAACACCAGUCCUGGAGCAGCUUUUAAGGAGGACUUGGCAAUGCACAGCCCCAGGGGUGAGUUUUGUCAGUGGCUGCCUCGGGAGCCUGUUCUUGAGCUGUGCUUUACUUGUGUUUGUGCAAGUGUGAUGGAUGGUGUGGAAGUGUAUCCCAGGGAACUGAAAGGAGUUGGGAGAUGAAGA